AUGGGUCCCGAUGCGGCCGAGGAGCUCACAGCGUCCGCAGACUACGAUUACCCAGCGGAGGUCAACUCCACGGGGACGGAGGAACAUUUCUCCAGGUGGGAGUUGUCCUACAUGACGAUCUUCAUCCCCAUCCUCUACUCCUUCAUUUUCCUCCUUGGCUUCGUGGGGAACCUCUUUGUCAUCAUGCUGAUGGCCAAGAAGAGAGGCAACAAGAGGAUGGUGGAUACUUUUGUGCUGAACCUGGCCGUGGCUGACAUGAUCUUCGUCUGCACCCUGCCCUUCUGGGUCGUGGCAGGUGCCUGCGGCAACCGCUGGCAGCUCGGGGAAGGGCUCUGCAAGUUGAGCAGCUACGCCAUCACCGUGAACCGCUGCUCCAGCAUCCUCUUCCUCACUGCCUUGAGCGUAGAGCGCUACCUGGUCGUCAGGAAAGUGCUGGAUACCAAGAUGACGGGGUCCAAGAGGCACAUCUUUGUCACCUGUGGGCUAAUCUGGGUUGUGUCCCUCCUCAUGGGUGCACCAUCUCUGGAGUACCGGCGGCUAGAUGGAGAUGACUGUUGGGAUGAAGAUGGGGAGGAUUUCAGCCUGGCCAUGGUCUUCCUCACCUUCAUCCUGCCCUUGGUGGUCAUCUUGUUCUGCUACUGCUCCAUCUACUACAGGCUGCACAGGCACAUUAGGCUGGGGAAGGGGAUGAGGAACUCCCACCGGAUCAUCUUCACCAUCGUUGGAGCCUUCAUCUGCUCCUGGCUGCCCUUGAAUGUCUGCAAGGUGUUGCUCUUCUUCAUCGCGAAGGGGAUGCUGCUCCCCUCCGAGGCGGAGGAGGAGGCCUUGAGGUGGCUCGUCACCAGCAGCACGUGCUUGGCCUUCAUGAAUAGCUGCAUCAACCCCAUCAUUUACACCCUCAUGGAUCGCCAUUUCCGGCGCCAGCUGCUGCCCCCGCGUCUCCGGGUGCUCUGCCUUUCCCCGGCGGAGAAGGGGCACAGCGUGGCCACGACGUCCUCCGUGACCGAGUCCAGCCUCAUGUUUGGCGUCAGGACCAAGCCGCCCGCGCCGCCGGGACAGCAGCCGGCGCCGUAAGAGGGGAAGAACCGGG